AUUAAACUUUAUUUCCAAUCUAUACAAAGUUUAAAGCUGACCUGCAUCUGCAUCCAUCUGCUGUUGCUUCAAACCGUACAAUUCUCCUUCUUUCUUCGUUUGCCCUUCACCCGCCCAGUCUAGAUUUCCCGAAGGAAAAGGAAAGGGGAAGAAUAGAGAAGAAAAUGGGGAGAAUGGUGAGGAGCUGUCUGCAAUCACUGUUGAAAAUUGUGAAUUCAUUCAUAGGGAUGGUUGGUCUAGCCAUGGUCCUUUAUGCGGUUUGGUUAAUGAGGAUUUGGGAAAAACAAACGAGUGAUUUCCCUUCUUGGGACUCUGAUUACCCACUUCCAUGGUUCAUGUCUGCUUUUCUUGGUAUUGGGUUCUCUCUCUGCGUGAUCAUGUUGACAGGUCAUAUUGCUGCUGCAACUAUCAAUUCUUGUUGCCUGUAUUUGUAUAUGUUUUUUAUCUUUCUACUUUUUCUGCUGGAGGCUGGAGUAGUUGCUGAUGUAUUUCUAAACCGUGACUGGGAGAAGGACUUCCCAGAAGAUCCAACCGGGAAUUUCAAUCAGUUUAAAGAUUUUAUCGAGUCUAAUUUUGAGAUCUGCAAAUGGAUCGGCUUGUCAAUUGUAUCUAUCCAGGGAUUCUCCAUGUUACUGGCCAUGAUACUUAAGGCUCUUGGACCACAUGAAUAUUACGAUAGUGAUGAUGAUGAUUAUGAUCCAGCUAGGGCUCCACUUCUGAAGCAUGCCGAUCACCCUCAUGCAUAUGUUGUUGGUGACCCUGUUUAUGGACCAAAAAGUGAUGCAUGGACUAUAAGGGUAAACGACAAGCAGGCAAACAGGUGAGGAGGAUUGCAAUCGAGAAGAACAUGAUGUUUGGAUCCGCAGAAAGUGGAACGCCACAGCAGGAAGAGCGAGCAUAUGACCGAAACAUAGGUAGUAGAAUUUGCUGUUAAACGCAGGGUAUCAAUCUCUCAUACUUCUCUACACAAAGCUUCACGCAGCAAUAGAGUUCAAAUUUGAUUCGGAGUCACCCCUAAAA